CUCUGCAUUUACUGUAGGUAGGGAAGAUUUAUUGUUCCUAGGUAAGGUCUGGCUCGUACAAUCCGCCCAUGCAUCGACAAAAGCAUUGAAUCACUAAGACAAUGAUGCAAGUUCGACAUGGGGCACGAUGUGAACGGAUGCUAUAUCCACAUGGUCAUUAUCGUGGAAAACGCACGUGUCACUCUCGGGGCACCCUUGAUCUUGAUGGACGGUGAUACUGAGCCAGAAAUCGACGGACCACAGCCCAGUUAUGGACUUUAUAAUGGGCCGAUCCAUGGGCUUAUCAAUUUGAGUCGGUAUCUGCGGAUCCGAACUUGAGAUCGGUCGCGUCGGACCACUUCCUUUCCCGCGCUCGCUCCUUAAAUAAAAAGGAGUUGCAGACCCGUCGUUUGUUUGGUCGCGUCUCGCCCUCGCCUACGGAAGAGGGAAGGGAAGAGAGAUCGGCAGGGAGAGUGCGGAGGAGGGGUCGGUAGCGCACUAGAUGGCCUGCGAUCCAAAGGAUGACGUCGAUCGGCUCUUCGCCUGCUUCAAGUGCGGGAUAUCUACUCCUGAAUCCGCGAUCAAGGAAAGACGUCUGCACCCGGAGACAUCCAAGAAAGCCGGCUUGGUGAGAGGGAAGGCGUCUACGGUUUUUGGAAUUGCUACGUCGAGCUUGUCUGAACAAUGUGGGCAGGAUUCAACAGGGAAAGAGAAGCUUGGUGCAUGUACAUCUGUAGCAAUUAAACUGAAAAGUGGAAAGCAGAUCUCUCCUAUUGUCUUUUAUGGUUCCCCACAUGGUGCUCCAAUUAAAAGACCAUCACGAUUGUUGCGAUUGUUGCAUGAAAUUCGUAUUGAUCUUAAGGAAGAUAAUGAUUUGAUAUUAAGGGAAGAAUUAUGGACUACUUUUCCAAGGCAAGAGGAAGCAAUCAUAUUCUUAAAAGCACAUGCACAAGCUAAACUUUUUAGUUAUCAAGAUCACUUGAGUGGUCAGAGAAGGUUCCUUGUCUCUACAUACAGUGAGUUCUGGAGAAGGUAUAGAUGUAUGGACCCAAAGUUACGCCAUCACUAUGAAGUCAUUAAAGAGGGUUUGCCUUGCCACUUAUAUUUUGAUCUGGAAUUUGAUAAGACAGUCAAUACUGACAAAAAUGUAGAUGACAUGGUUGACAUCUUGAUGUCUGUGACUUUCGACAUCUUAUUUGACAAGUAUGCAAUUGAAGCAAAUGACGGGUGGAUUAUAGAGCUUGAUUCAUCUACCACAAAAAAGUUUUCACGCCAUGUGAUUAUUCGCAUACCAAAGGUUGCAUUCAAGGACAACUCACAUGUUGGUGCAUUUGUUUCGGAGGUAUGUUCUCGCAUUACCAGUCAAAGAGGAAGUGAUCCACAACUUGACAAACUGUAUGUCAGGAAAGAUUCUAGCUCUUCUGAUUUUCAGCUUUUCCUUGAUAGUGCUGUCUAUUCUCGAAAUCGUUGUUUCCGUCUAGUUUUCUCUUCAAAGGCUGGGAAAAAUUCAUUUCUUUUGCCAACCAGACGUUUCAAAUGUAAGGAUAUGACUGAACAGGAAGUGUUCAUGGAAUCACUUAUUUGCAGAAUGGACUGUGAUUGCAAUAAACUUCUAAAAUGUCAAAUUGAUAUAGAUUGCAAGAAAACUUUGUACUUUGAUUUUGAGGUUCAACAACAAACUUCGGAUGCUCUGCAGCACACUGCACUGAAUGCUUAUAGGAGUGAUUUCCCAACCACUUACUCCUCUGGAAAAUCACCAUUUCCAGCUUUAGAUGCUUUUGUGGAAUUCAUAGCAUCUUCAGGAAAUGUUUUAGGUAAAAUACGAAGUUGGUAUUGGUUUUCAGCACAUGGCUUAAUUGUUUACAGUAUGUUGAGAAAUAGAUACUGUGAGCGGAUUGGUAGAGAACACAAAAGCAAUCAUGUUAUGUAUAUCGCUGAUCUCCAUAGAGCUAUUUAUUACCAGAAGUGUUAUGACCCUGAUUGUAAAGGUUACCGGUCUCCUUUGCGGCCAUUACCAUAUGAUGUGAUCCCCAGUGAUAUUUUACUGUUCGAUUCGACUCAGAGAAUAAAUUAUAGGGAAGAUUUGGACACCAAUUUCGGUCUUGAACUUGAUGGAAGUCACAUGGAACAUUAUUCAUGUGAUGGUGAUGAGUUGGUUACUGAUAGCUGCAACAUGGAAAGCAGCUGGUGGCAGGAAGCCAUGACAUAUGCAGAUUGCAUUGAGAAUAUGAAAAAUGCACCUGAAUUUAAAAUAUUGCAGAACGAGGAAAAUGUUGUAGAUUGCAGUUGGUGGAUGGAUGUGGAAAAGCUGGCAUCACAGGUUGAAGGACAGCUUGGGUGAUCCAUGGCUAAUAGUUUGUUAUCAUGUUAUGUACUAUAGCUAAUGGGCUAAAAGUAUUAUGUGGGCACCUGAUUGAUUUCGCAUCUUAUCUUCCCAUUCUGUAUUUCUCCGAGCAGUUACGACACGGAGAGUCACCACUAUAAGAUCAUGCUUAAACAAAAGGAAGUUGCAGUGCUUGUAU